AUGGAUGCUCUGAAUGAACUGAGCUACAAACCACCCCCAGAAUUUGAGGAGGUCAAAAAGGAUUCACUUAUCAAUCUUAACAUUGCAGACUCAACUGAGCUCUGGCUUAUACAGUGGCCAUUUAAUCAACAUCCAGGUCUUGAUGGGCAAGAAAUUUCGUUGAAGCUCCAUCAUGAUGGGCACAUGGGCAGCUUUGAGGAUUCAUCUGGUAAAUCAUAUGAAGUGGUCAGUUGUAGAGCACAAGACCCAGAUGCGGUAGUCUUUCUAUCUUCUGAGUCUGAGCCAAAAAUUGCUGGCAAAAUUUCGCGGCGUGUUUCCCUUAUCCACUAUCCGGAACCAAGUGAGCUAAAACAGAACAGCAUAAACUUGAAGCAGAUGAUGGCUCAGAGAUCAUCUGGUACUACAUUGACCAAUUCUUCUCGUCGCUUUGCAACUCCUAGUCAAAGUACUAGGACACGGAGUAUUAUGCGAUCAGGGAGUUCAUCCAAAUCUACCAUGAGAAAACACAGUGAUGGCCGCCCUGCAAAAUCCAAUGAUCAAUCUGUUCAAGAUUCAGGCAGAAGUGGUCGUAGUGCAUUGACCUCUUCAGGGUCCUUCGAGCACUCUCGAGAUCAAAAAUCAAAGAAGAAAAGGAAAACUGAUGGUUGA